UCCACAAUCAGCAACAGAGUUUGAGAUGGGCCAUUCCAAAGCUGAGAGCUUUGCACUCGGAUUCUGUUUUUGGAAACCGUAAUCACACUCCAAAAUUCUCUCUUUCCUUUAUUUCUUUGUGUUUGGUUCAUUUUAUUUUAGUGUUUUUUUAUGGCUCCUUUGUUUGGGACUAAUAUAGAGUUAUAGUAGUGCUCAUCUCAGAUUUUUUUUGAGAUUGAGAGAGGGAGUGGAAGAAGGUUUGUUGUUGUUAUUGGUGGUGAUCAUGGAUGGAGAAAAGAACAGUGGAAAAUCCACCAAGGAGGGUGGUGUUGAUGACACUCAUCACAAGGUGAUUGGUGAGAGUGAAAGCCGAGAUUGGGAGAAAGAUAAGGGAAAGGGUGUGGAUUUAACCUCAGGGAGAAGGCAAUGGAAUCCGGUUUUUGAUGAUGUUUCAAUGUUACAUGAGAGGCCACUCAAGAAGAUUCGAAGCCCUGAACGCCAAAAUCCGAAUCAACAAACAUCCCCUAUGCUAUCUCUUCAACCUCCUUCAUCAAGAAUAGUGUUUCCUUUUGCUUUUGAAGGGUCUCAGCAACCAAUGCCAUUCCCACACCAAUUUGGAAUUGGAGCCACAAAUUUGCCUCUUUUUCGUCCACCUGUUCAGCCAACGCAACAAAUGAUAUCUUUUGGGCCCCAACACAACAUGGGGUAUCCACCAUUCUUAGCCUCAGAUUCUACUAUUCAACACCAACACCAACAGCUUCAGCAUCAGCAACAGCUUCUUCAGUAUUGGAAUGAUGCACUGAAUCUUAGUCCAAGAGGGAGGAUGAUGAGACCAAUGUUAAGGCCUCAAACACAGCCUUUGAAUGCUACUAAGCUUUAUAGGGGAGUGAGGCAACGCCAUUGGGGCAAAUGGGUCGCUGAAAUUCGUCUCCCUCGCAAUAGAACUCGCCUUUGGCUUGGAACUUUUGACACUGCUGAAGAUGCUGCUAUGGCUUAUGAUCGUGAAGCUUUUAAGCUUAGAGGAGAAAAUGCUAAGCUCAAUUUUCCGGAACUCUUCCUUAACAAGGAUAAUAAACCAGAAUCUUCCACAACUGCUGCAGUUUCUUCUUCCCAUGAUGGAUCAACAUCAACAUCAACCCUGAACAAAAAGCAACCUGAGCCUGAACCAAUUGCGGAAGAGCAUAACGUGGAGGAGACGAACACUGAUAGUGUGUCAGAGACAUUAGCAGAAGAGAAUACUGAAACUGAAGAAAGCAUUUCACAGCCUCAGGAAUUGGUUUGGGGAGAAUGGUUCAAUGCAAUUCCUGCAGGUUGGGGUCCUGGCAGUCCUGUGUGGGAUGAUUUGGACCCCAACAAUAAUCUUCUCUUGCAUUCACAACUUCCCUUUGUCAACCCGAAUCAACAAGAGUUCCAUGAUGCUGAUGCUGCUCAGACACAACAACAAGACAGCACAGGACCAGGUUCUUCCUCUUCCUCUUGUCCCAUGAGACCCUUCUUCUGAUUGAACCAAAUCUUACCUAAAACCAUCAGCAUCUCUUUGAUCAAGUGCUUUUAACCUUAAUCCUUCUCUUAGUGUUAAAAAUACCCCACAUAAGAAUAUGGCCAAAAUAUUCUUUAUAUGCUUGGAUAAUCCUUUUUAUAUAAGUUAAUUUUGAGAUUGAGUUAAGCCAAAUUUGCUAUUACUUGUUGGUUAUUAAAACUUGGCCACGUUCUCACUGGUUGCUGAUAUAUUAACCAAACAAACAAACUCUGAAUCAGAAAAUUUUCUGCUGCAAUAAGGCUGCAUAUUUUAACGGGCCUUUCAGCAUCUGCCUCAUACUUGGUGGGCCUUACCUUUGUUCCUAGUAAUAAUACUUAGUCAUCUAAUUUUUGGUUUUAUUUUUAAUAUUUUGUAUUCUUCUCUAUGCUCUUUUACAAUAUUUGUUGUUUUAAAUUAUGCAGUAGCUGUAGUUUAGCAUGGCCAAUGCAGAAGGAAACGUUUUUGUGAUUUCCUUUUCAAUGGUCCAUCCGUUAUGAGCUUAGUUUUUCAGCUCCAGGGACGGUGGUAUACCUAUUAUUUUUGUAAUUGGUUAUGCACAUUGUCCGGUUAAUUGUAGUUUGCAUUGAUAUAAUGUUAUGGUUCUGUUAUACUUAUAUCAUGUCAACAAAU